GUGGCGCAGUCUUCGCAUUGCCCAACCCGACAUUGCCUGCAGAUGCACCCCCACCAGCAUUUGACACAGCCACCGUACAAUGUGCCCCCGGAAGGAUACAAGGACGCAACCGACGGCACUCCCCACAUGAUGUUCGACCACCACACACAUCGUUAUGUGUACGAAGACCAAGUGCCCCACCACAGCCACCACCUCCAACAGCACGUGCUACAUCCACACGUCGACAUGGGCCAGUGGCCGCAGCCCAGCCCUCACCACGAUUAUCCACACGACCCAGACGCGACGCCAUGGAGAGCCACGUACCAACCGCCUCUGGCAUAUUCCACCAUGCCCGAGUCGACAAACUCUGCUGACUAUUUCCACCAAGCACCACAACUCGACGACCGACACUACCCUCACUUGACUGCGCCCUACACGAUAAUACCAUGCGCCGUUCCCAUGUUGCCUCCGUCGUUGCCAUCCCAUCUCGACUCUGGGCGGUCGUUGCCGUUUGUCGCAAUGUCGUCGGCUGUUGACUUUGCCUCGUCCGUCGAUCCCAUGAAGCCAAGCGUUGUCAACUUCGUCAACGUGCAGCCACCACCCGACUACGUCGAAGUGCCAAAUCAAUGCCUCGAACGAGAUUGCAUGGCAGUCAUACGAUAUCGGGGCUACUGCAAAUUGCACGGCGGGGCUCGAAAGUGUUGCGUUGUGUCGUGUACCAAAGGCAUUCAAGGGCGCAAUCGAUGCAUUGCACAUGGCGGGGGCAAGCGAUGCCAGCACACAAACUGCGUCCGCGCUGCCCAGUCGCAUGGUCUUUGCAAGUCCCAUGGUGGCGGAACACGCUGCAAAUUCCACGGGUGCCCCAAGACGGCCCAGGGUGGGGGUUUCUGCCGAAUGCACGGUGGUGGUCGCAAAUGCAAGUGGCCGGGGUGUACGAAUAGCGCCCAGAGAGAAGAAUUGUGCGCGAAACACGGCCAAAAACGGAUCUGCAGCGUCCUGGGAUGCGAUCGAACCGACCGUGGCGGCGGGUUCUGCAUGAAUCAUCGCAAGGACAAGAUAUGCUGCAUUGUGACUUGCACCCGCCUCAUCGCCACGACUGCUUUUGCCGGCCAAGCGACCAUGUGUGCCCACCACGUGUCGGAGCACGUCGCCGCCACGACAGACCCGCUGCCGUUCUCGCUCGGCGACGGGGCCAACUCGCAAAUGAGCCAUGUCAUCAUCACCAACCAUAACGUUGGUUGA